AACGAGGAGGAGAGGGACCCACGCGUCGAGCGCAUAGCUUCCUCCAUCAGGGUCGUCCCCAACUUUCCAAAGCCAGGCAUAAUGUUCCAAGAUAUCACUACUCUGCUGCUGGAUCCUCGGGCCUUCAGGGACACCGUGGAUAUGUUUGUGGACCGGUACACUGGAAAGGGCAUCUCUGUAGUCGCUGGAAUUGAGGCUAGAGGUUUCAUUUUUGGCCCUCCGAUUGCACUAGCAAUUGGUGCAAAGUUUGUACCAUUGAGGAAACCAAGAAAGCUACCAGGUGAAGUCAUAUCGGAAGAAUAUGUUCUGGAAUAUGGAACAGAUUGUCUGGAGAUGCACAUCGGCGCCGUUCAGCCUGGUGAACAUGCUUUAGUAGUUGAUGACUUGAUUGCAACUGGUGGAACACUCUGUGCAGCUAUAAAUUUGCUGGAGCGUGUAGGGGCUGAAGUUGUUGAAUGUGCCUGUGUGAUUGAGCUGCCUGAACUCAAGGGCCGUGAGAGACUAAGCGGUAAGCCAUUGUACGUACUCGUGGAAGCUCGCUGAGAUUGUACUGCCUACGAUAUUUCUCAGGCGAGGAAUUCUUCUGCUUUCUGUACACUAGGCCACUUCAUUUCCGAGUUGGAAGCUUGCUUUCGUAUUUUGAUCCAUGCUGCCUGUAUAAUCCCCGUCUGUUCACGUUGCUCUUGAAAUGUAAACGGUUGAUUAAAUUUUUAUCUCCAAACAGAUAUCGCUUCAGUCAAA